AUUAGCAGAUAUUAACCAAGAGCUAGCAGAGCUAGGUUUGACCGAAGCAGACCGAGCUCAGGUCCGCGAGUACAAUUGGGCGGUAGAGCAAGCCGAACAAGCGUAUCAGGCAGCCAUGGCUCCAGUGGGACUUACCAGGCCUAGCCGUGGCAGCGCGGUAGCAGUUAGCACCUGGCAGGAAGCCCAUCAGCGGGCCAAUUCAAACAGAAACGCUAAACGGAGGCAGGCUCGCGAGACGCACAGGCGCGGUUAUGAGUUGCUAUCACGUUACCAGUCUUGGGAACAGCUUCGCAAUCAGGGGACAGCUCUGCAAGAAGAAUUGGCCGCGCUCCCAGGGCCCAGCAACGCAGCGGCCGGAGCAGCGCCGGCUCACAUCCACAACGCCGAAGCAGAGGCACCGGAGGAAAUUGACAAUGAGGGUGGCGGGAGCUGCGAGGCCUGCGUGCGGCGCACCUCCGUGGGGGACUUGCGCUGUGAGACAUGCGACAUACGGGCACAUCGCCGCUGCCUGGGACUGCCGCCGGGCUCGUACCCCGGCGGCUGGUUCCGCUGCAUCCACUGCAUCCUGGCGGCGGCGGGUUUUCCGGCAGGGGCUGCGGGCGGUCGGCAGGAGGCACUCGCGGCGAGGCUGGUGGCGCUAGCGGGAAGCGCCGUGUCGGCGGGUUCAGCAGGGACGUACGAAUCCCAUCGCCGCCGCUACGCGGCCUUCUGCGCUGCUCUGGGCUUACCCAUGAGGGCGGCUUUCCCACCUGCGCGGGGCGCGGACCUCAGCCCCGAGCUGGUGAGCCUGUUCAUCGCCCAUGAGGCCGACCGUGUGGCCCCCUCAACGUUGUCAGGCACCAUUAGCGCCCUUGCGGACUGG